AUGAGCAUCCAAUCGGCCGUAGUGCAGCGAAAAUCCGGCAGCGGUUCCGGCAGCGGCCAUGCAUCGAUCUCACCACCAUCGCGCCGUGCGCCCGGAACGAUGGCGCCCACACUAACCGCCAGCUCCGCCCCUUCCAGUGACCGGCCGGUGGGUCGUGGUGCGGCGGUGGCCGGUGGCAAAAUGUUCCCGACCCUCGACGUGACGGCGAAGCUGACGCUGCUGAUUAUGCUGCUAAUUGCCGUUAUUGACCAUAGUGAAGCCGGUACCUGUUGGUUGCGGCGGUAUGAGUCGUCGGGAAAGUGCAGCCAGCUGUUCGCUCGUAAUGUGACGCGAGAGAGUUGCUGCGGGGCCGGCUCUAAUGGCGGGAAGGGCUUCAGCGAGCGGGACAUUCCCGAUGUCGGUCUAUUCUUCAUCAACGCGUUCAACGAUGGGAUGGAGUGCAGUUCAUGUUUAGAUACCUGCGACCGUGCAAAGUGUGGCCCAAACAAACGUUGUGUGAUGCGCCGCAAUCGUCCCAAAUGCAUCUGUGCACCGACGUGCAGCGGUGGCAGCAACAAACGACGCCCACCGUCAUCCAGACGCAACAACCGGCUGCAUCAGCUGCACCAGCCACAGCAGCAACACGAGCAGCAACCCCGCUUUCACCAGCAAAACAUUAAGGUGAUCAACCUGAGCGAAAGCCAGCGAAACCACCGACAGUAUUUCGCCGACACCGGACGGCAACCGAGGCCGCGCCAGCUACGGUACACCGGCCCGGAGACGGUCGACGGACGCGGCGGCAGGAGUGUAAAAAAGUCUAGCCUAAGUGAAAACCGAUCACCCGGUGGUAGCCAAAGAGCGGGCGCAAAACCCAGCGCCAAGGAUAACGCUAAGGAUAAGAAGCAUAAUUUAUUGGAAUCUGUGACAUUAGUGAGUAGUAGUCGGGGUGGCAGUAGUAGUAAUAGCAGUAAGCAUAGUAGAAGUAGUGGCACCAGCACGUCCAAAGGUCUCACCCACCAGACCCGCAACUGUACUGCGGCGAGUUACGGUCCCGUACCGCCCGGCUGCACCCCAUCCGGCCGCGACUGGACCGGUGGCGAGCGGAUCGUACUGCAGCAGAGCGGGUUAGCUUUAAAUACCAAUCCCACCGGUGGCAAGGGUGCAGCGUCCAAGGGCCGAGGUGCUGUAUCGACCUUUAUUCCACCCACCACAACGCGUCGCCACCAUCGGAAGGAUGCGCCGGUCCGGGGCAAUCAGACGAUGAACGAACGAACCCACCGAAAGUCCACCACCGUCGCACCGUUCGUCGCGUUCGGGAAGCCAAAGUUGCUGCGUGUUCCGCGGGUCGGCCGCAAGCAGAACGGCACGGCGGUACGGGUACCGCGCCGUGAGCCAAACUAUGUGGACGAUGUCUUCUUCAUCGAGAACUAUCACCAGCAGCAGCAGCAGCAGCGAAGAAAUCGAAAGCACCAGGGCCUGCCGAUGGAGGAUUUCUGGGGCAAUGAAAUUAUGCAUCAAACAAACUUCUACAAUCCAGUCUGCGGCACAGACGGUAGAACGUACAAAACCGAAUGUCAGUUGAAGAAGCGGGCUUGCAGGCAGGAGAUUACUUCCCUGUUGGUUGCCUACAAAGGACACUGCCAAACGUCUUGUAAGUUUGUCCAGUGUCCGGAUGGGAAGCGAUGCAUCGAGGACCAGAACGCGACACCACACUGUGCAUCCUGUGGUGGAACGGAGUGCCGUGCAGAUCGAUCGCCCAAAUCCGUUGUUUGCGGUACGGAUGGGAUCACCUAUCCGAGCAUCUGCGAGCUAAAGCGUCAAGCAUGUCUCACUGGUCGUGCCAUUCCGGUUGCUUAUCGGGGCCGUUGCGUGGAAGCCGCCACAUGCGAGACGAUCAAGUGCAAGGAUCGGCAGCACUGUCUAACGGAUCUGAAAACGCAUAAACCGCGGUGUGUCAGCUGCAGCUACAAAUGUCCCCGGAUGAAACGCCAGCAGGGUUACGGAAAAGCGUACCGUGAUGCCAAAAACUAUCCAUUCAACGAUCACAUCAAACUGUGCGGUACCAACAAUCGAACAUAUCACUCCUGGUGCCACAUGCAGAAGGAUUCCUGCACGACGGGAUUUUACAUCGACGUCCAACACAGUGGCUCGUGCGCUUUUCGCAGGUAG